UAGGGCGUGUGUGUGUAAAGUAGCCUAUGAGAGAGUAUGGCCCCCAGUCAGCUGUAUAGGAGCUCGGUGAUAUAAGGAAGCUGAUGUGGCAGGCACUGCCUAGUCAGACUCAGCUAGGAUUCAUCGUAUUAAUAACAUCCCAAACCAACACCAAAUAUGUCUCACCUACAUCCAGCACUCUCAACUGAGCAGAAGAAGGAACUUGCGGAGAAUGCACAACGUAUUGUAGCAAAUGGAAAAGGAAUACUGGCAGCAGAUGAGUCUGUUGGCACUAUGGGAAGCAGGCUCAAGCGCAUCAAUGUGGAGAACACUGAGGAGAACCGACGUACAUUUCGUGAUCUCCUUUUCACUUCAGAUGCAUCUGUGAAUAAGUAUAUUGGUGGUGUCAUUCUCUUCCACGAAACUCUCUAUCAGAAGUCUAGAAAUGGCGUUCCCUUCACAAAAAUCCUUAAAGAUCUUGGCAUUGUUGUUGGAAUAAAGGUAGAUAAAGGCACAGCUCCUUUAGCUGGCACUGAUGGAGAAACAACAACUCAGGGUCUGGAUGGUCUAGCAGAGCGUUGUGCUCAGUAUAAGAAGGAUGGGGCAGACUUUGCCAAAUGGCGGUGUGUGCUUAAAAUCUCAGACUCUGCACCCUCAAGUCUUGCUAUAUAUGAAAAUGCUAAUGUAUUGGCCCGAUAUGCCAGCAUCUGCCAACAGAAUGGUCUUGUUCCAAUUGUGGAGCCUGAAAUUCUAUGUGAUGGAUCUCAUGACCUCCAGAGAUGUCAGUAUGAGACUGAAAAGGUACUGUCUGCUGUGUAUGCUGCACUUAUUCAGCACCACGUCUACCUGGAGGGAACACUGUUAAAACCAAACAUGGUUACAGCUGGUCAGUCCUGUCCACAGAAAUUUACUCCAGAGCAAGUUGGAAUGGCUACUGUCACUGCAUUGAGACGCACAGUCCCUGCUGCUGUGCCAGGCAUCUGCUUCCUCUCCGGAGGUCAAAGUGAAGAGGAAGCGUCACUCAAUCUGAAUGCUAUGAACCGCUGCACUCUCGCCAGGCCUUGGCGUGUAUCGUUCUCCUAUGGGCGUGCACUACAGGCUUCUGCACUCUCAGCCUGGCUUGGGAAACCUGAGAAUGAGAAAGCUGCUCAAGUGGCCUUCCUUAAGCGUGCACAGAUUAAUAGUCAAGCAUCUGUCGGUCAGUACGUACCAUCUGGAUCAUCAGAUAGUGCUGCUUCUCAGUCCCUCUUCCAGCCUAGUUACACCUACUAAAGAUCAUCUAGAAUGUUGAAUAUUUCAGUUUUCCCUACCAAUAAAUCAUGGCCAUUUCUCCCAUAACAAAUGUAUAUUGUCAAUUAACCUCAAAUUAAAUGGCCCUUUCCGUUUAUGCAAAUAUAUAGGGGCCUAGGCCCGUACAACGGUUCUGAGAGGGCAAUUCAUCUGGACACACUCUGGAGCAAAAACAAUUUUUCUACCUCCAAUACUCCUCUUUUCUGACUAUGGGUUAUGCUAGCACAGACAACAUUCCGAAAUGUGAAUCCUCAAGUAUUCCUAAGUUCCAUGUCUAAUUGACUCUUGUUGAGACUACAUUCCUGCUCUUGAAUUUAUUAAUUAAAAUUGUACUAAAAAUGUG